GCGAGCCGGCCAGGUCUAGUCUGUUCUUGUUUCUUCCGGAUGAAUAAUCGGCCCAGUCAGGACCACGUCAUAAUAUAAAAGCCAGCUCUCCCGUUCACAAGCCUAACCGAAGAUGCCAGGGUAUGAUGUUACUACAGUGGAGCCGGUGAAGGAAAGCUUUUCCUGCCCCCACUGCCGGCGACUACUCCGCCAACCCAUUCAGAACCAGGAAGGGUACAGAUUGUGCCAGGAAUGCUGUGACUUGAUACGAAGGUUACCAGGAGGAAAAUGUGAAGACUGUGGAAUUACGAUCCUCCCUGAUUCAGAGGUGUACCCAGACAAGGCGGCCAGAAGAGAGAUAGACUCCCUGGUGGUCUACUGUACCAACAGAGCCUCAGGCUGUGACUGGACGGGACCUCUCGCCUCACUAGACACCCACACCACUACAUGUCCCCACAAGGGAGUCACCUGCCCCAACGAGGGCUGUGGGCAGGUCACUGCUGCAGCUAAGAUGGAGCUCCAUCUCGUGGAGUGUCAGUUCCGACUGGUGGAGUGUGACUACUGCCACUCCAUGCUACCCUUCUGCCAACUCCCUGUCCACCACGAGGGAGAGUGUGAGGUGUACCCCCAGCCAUGUGAGCAGUGCAGCCAGCUGGUCACCAGGAGAGACCUGGACAGACACUUGGAGGAAUCCUGCUCCCUCCUCCGCUGUAAAGUCUGCCACACCCUGGUGAGCAUUCAUUACUGUUAGCUGUCGGCGCACAUGAGUUGCUAUCUGGGUGUGUGUCACUUAUUCUAACACCACAGGCUACAAUGUGGCAUAUAAGCGAUACCAACGGCUUUAGAGUGACAAGUGCAUGAGGUAAUUUUCCCGAAAAACUGAUAUGCUGUGAAAACAAGCGUAAAAACCAAUAUGCAUAAUCAGUACUUGCUUACCUCAACCAGCUCUAGCCUGUUCAGCGCACCACCCACUGAGGAAUCAAGUUACUCGAGGAUCAAUGAACGCUGCCUUAUGGUGCAUGCGUAAUGUGAACAUCAACACUACAUGCGUAUGUUCCUCGAGCGGAGGGUUUGCACUUCAGUGCUUUAUCAUUACAUCUUGUCCUGUAUAUACCUGGCUCUAGCAUGCUAGAAUUUAUGAACCACCUG